AUGACUAAUUCCGAAGAUGAAGAAGUUACUCUUACUUACGAUCAGUGUAAGCGUAAUAAACGCAUUCUGAAGAAAAACAUUAAUGCUAAUCAAGCGGAAGCGUUGGCAAAGCUAAACGAACAACCUUCCUUUGAUCUCGUACAUCAAAUCAGCGCUAUACUCGAUAUCUGGAGCAAACAACUCCGCAAAGUGGAAAUUAUUGAUCAAAAUAUGCUUGAUCUACUCGACUCGAAAACCUUCAAAGAUGAAGCAUCUCUUGAAAAGGCUGAAGAUGAGAUUGUUCAAUUCUAUCAUCAGUCUCUGAAAAAAUUCAGCGAAGCGAAAGGUACAUUGAAUGCAAUGGCCGCUCGACUCAACAAAGCUGAGCAAGCUGCUCAGCAAAUGACAAAAACGCGAAAAUCAAUGGAUACUUCAUUCGUUGGUGAAAAUUUACUCGGAAACCCUCUCGCGAAACUUCCCGAUAUCAAAGUUCCAAAAUUCGAUGGAGACAUUACUGGGUUUACUGAAUGGCACUCGAUGUACGUUGCGUUAGUCCAUUCGAACGAUAUGCUUCAACCAGUACAUAAGCUCUACUUUUUGAAAGGUGCGCUCAUCAAAGAUGCCGAGUAUCUGCUCAAAGAUACACCAGUCAAAGAGGGCAUGUACGAUCUCGCGUAUGAAGCAGUACUAACAGAGGAUUUCAACAUAAGAGCGAUAAUUGCCGCCCAUUUCGCCAAAUUACUCGAUAUGCCAGCAAUUACGCCAUCCUCGCUCCGCGACUCCAUCAGUAAAAUUCGAGCAACCAUCCGAGGGUUGCAAACAUGCGAUAUUGACGUGGCGAAGAUGUCACCACUCAUCACGUUUAUCACGGUACGUAAACUACCUGAGAAGCUUCGAAUCGACUGGGAAAAUAGUAACCUCGAUUACUCAACUUACCCUUCAUUCGACUCGCUCGACAAAUUUCUAUCUGCUCGAUGUUUUGCUUACGAAACAGCAAAUCUUAUGUCGUCUACCUCGAAAGCAACACCCGAAAAAGCGAAUGGCUCACCGAAGAAGCCGAAAUCAGCGUUAGCAGCCUCCGGUUCGCCUAAAACUCCUCCUCAGACAACCCAGCGCACUCCUGUUACAGUGCCUAAAUGUAUCGACUGUGGAGAGACGCAUUACCUCUCUCAGUGCACAUCGUUUCAAUCGAAGAGUGUAGCUGAUCGAGAAGCAUUUGUCAUUUCGAAGAAACUUUGUAAAAAUUGUCUUCGACCUGGUCAUCUAUGCAGUGUUUGUCGUUCUUCGAAGUGCCGAAAAUGUGAGAAGAACCAUCACACAUUAUUGCAUAUUGAUACUACCAACCAGAGUGGUGGAAGUGAUCCAGACCCGAAAUCAUCGCUGCUCGCGAUUCGUAACAGCAAAAAUGUCCUGCUACCUACUGCUGUUGUGAAAGUACGUAAAGGCAGACGUUUUGUACUCGCUCGUGCACUGCUGGACAGUGGUUCUCAAGUUAAUUUGGUAACUGAAGCAUUUGCCAAACAACUGCGUCUCAGUAAAACACCGUCAGACUACAGUAUUUGCGGUAUAUCGUCCUCGAAAAUCCAGACGAACUACAUUGUAUCGUUUGAUGUACACUCUCGCUAUAAACCAACGAAGAUCUCGCUCGAAGCUCAGGUUAUUGGUUCUCUGCCAUACUCCGUUGAACCUCAGCUACAAAAACACGUCGCUACCCUCGAUUCUACGCUCAACCUUGCCGAUUCGGAUCUCAAUUCAUGA